GAAAAUGCUUCACACUCAUCCGUGUCUUCUGGUGCUUUGAAGAUGAGUGAGAUUACUGAAGAAGUGCCUGUUACUCUUGACAUGCUUAAGCAGAAAAUGAGAGAGUUUGCAAAUGAGAGGGAUUGGGACCAGUUUCAUAGCCCAAGGAACCUCCUUUUGGCUUUGGUGGGUGAAGUUGGAGAACUAUGUGAGAUAUUUCAGUGGAAAGGAGAGGUUCCAAAGGGACUUCCAGGUUGGAAAGAAGAGGAGAAGGUUCAUGUUGGUGAAGAGCUUUCAGAUGUUUUGCUUUACCUUGUGAGGCUCUCUGACAUUUGUGGUGUUGAUCUUGGCAAAGCUGCAUUAAGAAAGGUUGAACUCAAUGCUAUAAAAUACCCAAUUAAAGUUUAUGAAGACCCUUCAAGCAGCAAUUAGAAUCAAAGGCAACCCCCAAUGAAUAAUGGAACUGAAGAUGCUUGAUGAUAAUCCACUAGUACGUACAUUUGAUAUUAUGAUUGCUACUUUAAGGGGGUACAGUAGGAAAGGGGAUUUGGUAUAUGUUCUUCUAAAAAAGUUGUGUCAUUGCAUGGAGACUAGUGUUGUUGGAUAGGUUUUGUGCAUUUAUUCUCGGCAUAUUCUGUUAUUGUUUUGACGGAUUG